GCGGACAAAUAAUCCUGGCCAAAGGGGAGGCACGACUGUCCAGCCCUUUAACCGCGUGGGGGUGCCAGGGGAGAAAAGGGGGGGCGGGGAGGGGGAAUCCUGCUCCUUUAAUUCCCUCCCCUCUUCCUCCACCCCGAGUCCGCGAGGACGCCGCGCUGCGCGGGGCCUUGGAACACUCGGCACGAGCUGCCCCCGCCCCUCCCCCUCCCGCCCACGCGGAGCCGGCCCGCGCGCGCGCCCUGUGCACCCCCGCGCCUGCGCGCUGCCCCGGCCCUGCCCGAGUGUGGGGGGCGUCGCUGGCCCCGGGGGGGUGGGGGACCAGGGGGUAAAAAUCAGCACGCGGAACCGGGCCAGGGCAGUCCACUCCCACCACAAUGGCCUCUGGGGUGGAAGUCCUGCGCUUCCAGCUGCCUGGCCAUGAGGCUGCAACGUUGCGGAAUAUGAACCAGCUCCGUGCAGAGGAGCGGUUCUGUGAUGUGACCAUCGUGGCCGACAGCCUCAAAUUCCGUGGCCACAAGGUCAUCCUGGCCGCCUGCUCACCGUUCCUCCGGGACCAGUUCUUGCUGAACCCCAGUUCUGAGCUGCAGGUCUCGCUGAUGCACAGCGCGCGUAUUGUGGCAGACUUGCUUCUCUCUUGCUACACCGGCGCCCUGGAGUUCGCAGUCAGGGACAUCGUGAACUACCUGACUGCAGCCUCCUACCUGCAAAUGGAGCAUGUGGUGGAGAAAUGCCGGAACGCCCUUAGCCAGUUCAUUGAGCCCAAAAUAGGCCUUAAAGAAGAUGGGGUCAGCGAGGCUAGCCUCAUGAGCAGCGUCAGUGCCACUAAGUCCCUCCUCCCUCCAGCCAGGACCCCAAAGCCAGCUCCAAAACCUCCGCCGCCACCUCCUCUACCCCCUCCGCUCCUGCGGCCGGUGAAGCUGGAGUUUCCGUUGGAUGAGGACCUAGAGCUGAAGGCGGAAGAGGAGGAUGAAGACGAGGAUGAGGACGUGUCUGACAUUUGCAUCGUCAAGGUGGAGUCUGCCCUAGAAGUGGCACACCGCCUCAAACCCCCUGGAGGCCUAGCAGGGGGUCUGGGUAUCGGGGCCUCUGUGGGCAGCCACCUGGGAGAGCUAGCCCAGAGUAGCGUGGCCCCCAACACUGUUGCCCCACCGCAAGGUGUGGUGAAGGCCUGCUACAGCCUGUCAGAGGACGCGGAAGGGGAAGGCCUGUUGUUGAUCCCGGGAAGCCGAGCCAGUGUGGGGGCCACCUCGGGCCUAGUGGAAGCAGCGGCGGUGGCCAUGGCUGCCCGGGGGGCGGGGGGCAGUCUGGGGGCAGGGGGCAGCCGGGGACCUCUGCCCGGGGGCUUCUCGAGUGGAAACCCCUUAAAGAACAUCAAAUGCACCAAAUGCCCGGAGGUGUUCCAGGGUGUAGAGAAGCUGGUCUUCCACAUGCGUGCACAGCACUUCAUCUUCAUGUGCCCGCGCUGCGGCAAGCAGUUCAACCACAGCAGCAACCUCAACCGCCACAUGAACGUCCACCGUGGCGUCAAGUCCCACUCGUGUGGCAUCUGCGGCAAGUGCUUCACUCAGAAGUCCACGCUGCACGAUCACCUCAACCUGCACUCGGGAGCCCGGCCCUACCGAUGCUCCUACUGUGACGUGCGCUUUGCCCACAAGCCUGCCAUCAGGCGACACCUCAAGGAGCAGCAUGGCAAAACCACAGCUGAGAACGUGCUGGAAGCCGGUGUGGCUGAGAUCAAUGUCCUCAUCCGCUGAAGGGCCGAGAGGCUGGGGCGGGCGGGUUCCUGGGCCCGGCAGAAUUGGGAAAGGGGCGGGGUUUGGGGGCAGGCAUACAUUUUGAGGGAGGAAGAUUGGAGAGAGAGACCAUGCCUCAAAGAACAGCAGAAAAAGAUGGAGCCGGAGACAGGGUUGACAAGGCUGAGGGAAUGGGGGUCCCAAAGAGAGAUUUCUUUUUUUUGAAGAGGUGCAUAAAACGAUACGGAGGAAGGGGGGAGGGGGAAGCAAAGACGGACUUGGAGAACAGCUCUUUCCUGGCUAAAGCUGGCUCCGGGGAGGAUCCUUGCAUCUCUUGAGGUGGGUGGGUGUGGGAAUUGUAGGGGGAUUGCCAGGAUGCAGCUUACGUGCUCCUGGUUAGAGUAGGUGGCAGGGAAGGGAGUGGAGGGUGAAACAUGUAUGGAGUCCCAGGAAAAGAAAGGGAGGCGAUUCUUGCAUGCUGGGGAAAUGGGAGACUAGGUACAAGGCUCACCGGGAAUGAAAGAAAAUGACAGGUGCCAGGUAAGAGAACAGGGUGGGCAACCUGGGUAGGUAACAGACGUUAGGGUACAGUAGCCAGAACAGUGAGUAGCGGAGGGGUGGGGGGGCAGGGCACUUAGGAACAAGGACACAAGGAGGGCUGUUGGGGGGAGGGAGAGGAGUAGAGACUUAUACAGUAUUUUUUAAGAAAACGUAUUUUUUAGGAUUUUUUUCUGGAGUUGGGGGUUUUAGUUUUUCU